UGGUGAGGUCACGGGUCAUGGGUCAGAGGUCAACUUGCCUCAGGGGUCACAGGUGAGAGUGUAAAGUAAAGCAGACGAGUUUGCUGUUGAAAGUCGAGGCAAUCAGAUAGAAGGCAAGUGGACCAAGCAGACGGGCAGGGAUGUUCAGUGGGGAAUUUCGCUAACUCAAUAUAUAGCAAGAUUGAGUGUAGUUCCCUUUGUCUAGAGACUGGGAGAGCAGUGUUGUGGUAAUGAAUUGCAACUAGUCGUCAGCUGGGGUGUUUGUGUGGCCCCGUGGGAGGUGGACACAAAGGAUCUUGUUGAGAAGGUGAGGAAAUCCUGGUCCUCACUGCCCGAGGAGAGUUGCGGCUGGCGGGCAGCGAGGUGGGAGAAGGAGUUAAUUGCCAGUGUUGACAUGGAAUGCAGGCUGUUGUACAAGGAUACAACUUAGUGGUGGGUCAGUGAGCAGGCAGACAGGCGGGGAGCAGGAGACCCAGGGCUAUGCUCAGGACAUUUGUGUUGCUGGAUUGUACAGUGCUGAGAUUCCAGGAACCCACUGAAUGAGACUUGCCAGGAUAUAUCUUUAUAAUUCCCUGCCUCCUGUGGGAUACAGCUUGGUGUGAAAUUGCUUGCUUAUCAUUUGCUUGGUGUGGGAUAUUUUGAGAUUGAUUGCAAGGUGAGGAAGUUUAUAAGUGAGCUGGAUAUUACCGUUUCACCCAGUGUUAGAAGGGAGCUGGAUAUUGCUGUUUCACUCAGUGAAGUGAGUGUGAGGUGGCCGAGUGGAACGACAGUUUGGAUGUGUGCAAUGGAUGAGUCCAGAACUGACCCCAGUGUGUCCCGUCCCACGGGGAGAGGUCAAGGGUCAGUCCUGUAGCUCCACACUCUGCCUGGAGUAGCUGUGCUGAUAAUUACUUGGAUCUACUUUACGUGCCAGGAUAAUCGUGCCAGGAUAAUCGGGGUUGAAGACAGGUGAGGAACUCUGCCAGGAUAAUUGGUGUUGAAGACAGACACUGGCCGUGAUUCUGCUUUGAAAGAUCCGUUAGUUCGUUCCCGGGAGCUCUUCAUAUCUGAUGCAACGGAUACCUACCCGGUCACAGCUCUACGCGGGAAGUGCUCUGUAGCUCACUACCAGGACAUAUACUCGGCCAAGGAUCUCGAGCCCAAACCCGACCACUUCUUCUACGUUCUAGGAUAUAAUCCUGAGACCAAGAGACUGGCGACAACGCAGGGCGAGAUCCGGGUGGGCUCGAGCCAUCAGGCUCGACUGCCGGAGUAUAAGCCGGAUGUGCGCCCACCCGACAUGCCGGAGAGCUGUGAUAAGCAUGAAGAUCUCAAAUGGCAGCCUUUGUGCGUCAUGGACGGUGAUCUCAUCAUGUACCUCCGCGCAGCAAGGAGUAUCGCAGCCUUCGCGGGGAUGUGUGAUGGAGGCUCCACGGAGGACGGUUGCCAGGCAGCUUCCAUGGACGAGACAACCAUCAAUGCCAUGGACAUUCUGCAUGACUACAAGUAUGACACCGGCAAGUCAUUGCAAGCCCUCGUCCGAAGUCCAGCACUGCGCAGCAUCGAGAAAAAGUGGACAGAGGAAGACUCGAAACGUUUCAUCAAAGGCCUGAGGCAGUAUGGGAAGAACUUCUUUAAGAUCAGGAAAGAAUUAUUGCCUCAUCGAGAUACGGCUGACCUGGUGGAGUAUUACUACUUCUGGAAGAAAACACCAUCUGCAGCAUCAAACCGACCUCAUCGGCGACAUCGCCGCUCCGGACUGAAACGCCAGACCACGCGGUCCACCAGCCAGCCCAGCGGCGACUACUUGGACCAAAGCUCAGCCAGUGAGGUGUCUGAGGAUUCGGACGACAGUGAUGGAGGACGGGACUUGAACACGUAUGCCUGCAGAAAAUGCUUCACCACAACUUCCAAGGACUGGCACCAUGCGGGUAAAGACAAAACCCUCCUGUGCACACAGUGCCGCCUCUUCUUCAAGAAGUAUGGGGAGGAGCGGCCCAUAGAUCGGCCCCGCGAACCCCCGGCAUUCCUGUUUAAACCGGUACAGGAAGACGCCAACUGUGACAACAUUAACGGCAAACACAACAUGAGAACAAGGAGAAGCAACAACGCAACGGGAAAUAAAGGAAAGAAGAAAGAUAGAUUGAGUACAAGUAGCCCAGACAUUGUUGACAGCCCAGUCAACGGAGCAAGCACCCAGAAAGGUCGCGUUUCUCCAGGAACAGUUAGCACUUGCAGUAGUAGCAGCAGCACAGAUAAAGAUAGCAAGAGAAAGUCCACCAACAAGGAUCGAUUGUUGAGUGGCAGAAAGCGUCUCAAUAACUCAGAGACUGAGGACGGGAAACUUUCAAAGAAAAAGAAACCUCAGGAACGGUCCGACUCCGACUCUCUCUCAGACAGCAGCAGUAACGAGGACGACGAGAUCGAGGCUGACGCUGACCUUGAAGAGGUCAAUCAGGACGAUCUGAGUUCGAGUUCACCGCCGUCAACGCCAAGUCCGAUCGACAACGAGGAAUUCAAACUGCAGAAGGACUGCAUCAAACCGGAACCCCAACACCCAGUGCAAUCACCUUCCCAUCAUCCUUUGCUGUUUCCAACAGUUGGCGAGAAUCAUAUGAAUCUACCCCAGCGACAGUCCCCUGUUACCGUGGGCCCGGCCCACCCAGUUCCCCUGGUGCCAGUCCUAGAGGGCACCACCAGUCCACUUCCUGUUUUACAGGAGCCAACGUUGAGGCCGGAGCUGCACCCAUCAGCACCAUCAGUAUCGGCAGUUACGGUGCCGGCCCUCCUCCCCACACAACCAUCACUCUCCACGCCCCCAACAUCACAAUCCCUGGCCCCAUCACAACCCCUUCGCUCCACGACACAAUCACCUACCACCCCAGUAUCACAGCCCCAUCCAUUCCAACCUGUAUAUGCCACACCCCUACCCCAGUCACAACCACCCCAUCCCCCACCCCUACUGCCGUCCCUGCCCAACACAAACCCCACUCCCCCAGUGCCGGGUUUGAUUCCCAUCAAGCAGGAGCCAAAGUCACCGCCUCGCGCUCGCACAUGGGAAGAGACAAUAAACAAGGCAGUUGAUAACGGAAUCGCCAACCCUAAUCAAGCAGACGUCAAACCCCCACCAUUCAGCAUGAGCAUAGACUCACGGAUAGACUCGCGGAUAGACUCACGGAUAGACACUCGUGUAGAUUCACGAGUUGAUUCUCGCAUAGAUUCUCGCAUAGACUCUCGAAUAGAUCCUCGGAUAGAUCCUCGAAUUGAUCCUAGAAUAGAUCCUCGAAUAGACUCUCAUAUUGACUCUCGAACAGACUCUCGCAUUGAUCCUGAUAGGGUCAGGAUGCAAGUCAAGCUCGAAGACAGGGAUGUUCCAAGCUUUCUCCCCUCUGUGCCCGCUCCAGUACGGACGUCAACUCCGAACCCCGCUCCAACCUCCAUCCCCGUCCAUCCCUCUCAACCAACAAUUGAGGGUCCUGGUCUCACCCCAAGUGUUGUGAUGGAAACAGAACGACCACCAUCCAAUGCACAGCCAGAGCCUGAAGUUGUGCAAAUCGACCAAGAUGAUGAUGAGAGUGACGAUGACCGAACCGGGACCUUAAGCCCUGGCCCCGACCCGACACCUUGUAGUAAGGAGGUUCAUCGUAGCAAGGCUGCAAUAUUCAUCCAGAUCCUUAACCGGGGAGCCAACAACUCCUGUUCCCGAUGUGACCUCGUCUUCCGGCCCUUCCCCAACUCCAGCCUGGCCAAAAAGCGAGAGGAUCGGGAACGAAAGUCCUCUCAGCCAACACAACCAGCACGAGAGGAGAAGCCAGCGGCAGCAGCAAUCAAACGCACGGAAACCCCGCCCAGGUCGCACUCUGUCGAGGCUCACGUCUCCAGCUCGCACUCUCAGUCCACGCCGUACGCAGAGAGACACACACCCCGGUCGUCCCUCUACACGGACACGCCCGCUCUCCGGCAGCUCAGCGAGUACGCUCGCCCUCACGCUAUGUCCAGUCAGGAUAUUCCCCGCUCAGUGCCCUAUACUGUCGGUGGGAUGGGGAUUCCGCAGCAGAUGGAUCCCAUGAUGAGCUACAGACUUGCGAUGUAUCCCCCUGGAUCUCGGGAAAGGUUUAUGCUGGAGCUUGAACUCGAGCGCGACAAGCGGGAACGUGAUGCCCGGGAACGAGACCUGCGGGAACGAGAAUUAAGGGAUAUGGAGCUACGAGAAAAAAUGAAGGCGGAAAUGGAAAUGAAACCGCCAGGUACGCCGAUGUCCAAACUAGGGUUGGAUCGGCUUGUCCCACACGGAGCGAAUCCUCUGGAUCCUCAUUGGUUGGAAUUACAGCGUCGCUAUGGUUACCCGCCUGGUGCCCCCCUCGUGCCGGCUCACACAGGUAGCUCUAGCAGCAGCACCCCCCACAUACCAGGUGUGUAUCCGCCCGCCAGCCUUGCUAGUGACUUGAUGGCGCGGGAACGAGAGAAGCUGGAUAGACUCGGCUUCCCACCACACGUCUUUGGAGCCCUCAGUCAUCGGGAACAGCUACUUCUUCACAGCGAGAUUGAGCGUGCGUCGGCAGCGGAGAGACUUCACGCGGAACGUCUGAUGUUGGCUUCGGCAGACCCUGUACUGCGGAUGCAGAUGGGAGUGGCGGCCGCCAACAAUGCAGCAAUGCACGCCCACACGCACACACAUGCACACUCGCACACGCAUCUCCAUCUUCACCCUGACAACCCGAACGGAACAACGCCCUCUUCCUCCGGUCUCCAUCCUCUCAUAUCUCCGCAUUUAUACCCGCCUGUAGCUCCAGGUGCUGACCCCAUGUCGGGGGUGCCGAGUCAGGCGGCAGUGGCGGCGGCAGCAGCAGCGAGUGGUCAGAAUCACGGGUUGCAGUCGUUGCAGCAUGGGAUCUCUCCCCACGGGAUCCUCCCUGGCAGCAGGGAACAGGAGCUGCUCCAGCGAGAGCUGUACAGUCGGGCGUACAUGGAUCCCACGCUGGCACAUCAGCUGUCGGCAGCCCAGGCGGCGGCUCAUCAUGAUGCUCUACAGAGACAGCUGGCUCUGGAGAGAGAUCGCUAUGGCAAUACUGGCCAUCUGCCUCACUGAUUGGUUGUCCAGUGAAAAUGUCAAAGGUCAUUUAUCGUAUUCAAGGCUGUGGAUAAUGGAGGUGUGAUGAUGUGAAAGAUACAAGGUGUAAUGUGUGACAUGUCAGUGUACAAGCUGAUAUAUACACCAGUGCUGAUAGUUGUACAUUUCAAUGUUUAUUUCAAGUGGAUGGAAUAACAUAGCAUAUCAAAUACUCGAGUGUGUGUCAGUGCAGAAAUCCAUCACACCUUGGAUAUUGUGGGGAAGAAUACCGGAAUACCCUGGCUGUGAUUGUGUAUAAGUGUCAUAUCGUCACGUUGUGUUACGUGUGACAACUCUUGUGAAAGCUACAGACAAUGGGUUCUCUGGUCGGAUUACUGUCACACUUUGUGCGAGACUCGUGGCAAGGCCACUCAGGUGGUCAGGUGACACAUCACAUGACAGAUCACAUGAUCUGACAGAACAACGCCAAAUCCCUGCGGGACACUGAACGAUACAGCUGCAGAUGGAUGUUUUGUGUAUUUAUUGAUAAUAAGCAUAUCAAACAUGCUUACUGGUGCCAUUGCAUCAUCAACAAUCAACCCUCCCAUCUCCCAGAACAGUUGUCGAUCUAAGUCUUGUGACUGGCGACAGGUUGCAUGCAACCCGUUGCCUUCACAAUCUCAUCUGUGUUCAUAUAGUUACCAUAGCAACAUUUCUCUUCAUUGAAGUCAUUGUGUACGUACGUCAUCAUCAUGAAAGGGGAGAUAACUCUCUUUAGGACGAGUCAUCUCGGGAGGUAGAGCCUACGUGGUCAUGUUUGUGGCAUAUUGUAUUGAAUGAUCAAGGACAAAAUAUAUUCUUUGUGUCUGUUGGAAAUAUCAAAAUGUUAUUUAUGCAACAUUUUUAUUUAAUUUUUUUAAUAGAUUUUUUAAUAGUUCCCAGUAAGAUUAAAGCCAAUUCCUAUACUAGAUAUAAGUGUAUUGUUAUUUGCCCAGCUGGAGUUCAAUACAUGAAACUUUAUGGUAUUGUUCUAACUAUCUGUGUAGAAUGACGAGCUAUCAUUCCAGCUACAAUUGUUAUCAUACACACAUUUACUCGGUGUCCCUGGGUCUAUUCGUGUUAUUCAUAACAAGAUCAGUUAGGUGAUUAAAUAAUAAACAGGUUCCCUUUCAGGGAACUUCCAAAAUAUUAUUGCAUCAUAAAAAUUUCAAAAAUUGUUUCUCAGGCACUAAUAGUUGACAAGUUUUUUUUAUUUGAAACAAAGUAACCGAGGGUUUAUUUACACUUUUUGUCUGAAUACAGAAAUAAAAUGCUUUCAUAUUUGAGGAGUGUUUUUUCUGGUAUAGGCCACUGCCUGAGAACCCAAUUGUUUUGAUGUACAAGCAACUGUCAGGACCUACACUCAACUGUGUGGGGAGAAUGAGACUCUUGAAUCUCAUAUGGACAUCGUGUGAUGGUUUUACUCUGAAUCACGGGGUUCUAUCUACGAUCUGUACUCAGCAGACAACACCUACUCAACAGCUCCUCAGAUAAAACUUCACAGAUUUGGGGAAACAUGUUUAAAGAAGCAGUUGUCAGGAACAUUGUCUGGAGCUCAUUUUCAUAUAUUCAUCAAAAACGAUGUUCGCCAGCUCUGAAAUGUUGUUCAAGUGACUUUCAUUCUUUAUGUUGGCCUCAUUUCACGAUCUGAGUUCUGUAUGAGGAGUAUCUUAUCAUUUCAAAAUCCGAUUCCUGUGAUGUCAUCAAAUCUCCUGUACGGUGAUGAGUUGUCCCCCUUUGACCACUUAUUCUUAGGCAGCAGAUAGAUUCUCCAUUGUUUCAACUCUCUCCUCAAAACCAUCAAAUUUUACACUGUCGUUGUAUGUGUACAAUCUUAUUUUUAUCCCCAAGAUGUAAAAAGUUUUGUAUAAAGAUUUCUUUAUAAAGUGUAAAUUGCACUCCGAUUUUCAACAGAGUGGCUGGUGGUUUAAUGUAUUGGGGCAACCUUGGCCUCUCGGUCUCACACUCAAGAAAGGUUGCUUUUGGGGUAAAACUGGAAAUCAAGAAUUGGAGACGAAAGCUACAAAAUAAUACUGGUGUCCUUCACCACUGAAUCAUAUUGUCUUCCGGUUUGUCAUGCGACAGUUUAUGAACUUGUACAAUUGUAUCACACAAUAACCAAAGUAUUUUUAAGAGUAAAGUUAUUUAAGUAGUAAGUUAAUGUGACAUACAAAAAAAAAUAGUGUGACAUAAUGGAAGCAGUGUCCGUGUGACCCAGCCUAAUACUGUGUCUAGAAACUGCUUGUGUGUGAGACGAGAUGUCCAGAGUUGCUUCCAUCGAGGGGCUCUCUGUACAGUCACGUGACUCUGACGGCGCCCCCUGGUGGCCGACUUCCGUGUACAUACUGCAUCAUUGUGUGAGCACUGCACUGGUCGGUUAUAGUGCCAACAUCUAGCUCAUCAAUAAAAUUUGCUUCAGUCA